GAAAAUGAUGCAAUUAAUAAUCUAUUAGAUAAAAAUAAUGAAGCAAAUUAUAAAGAUAUAAAUUAUCUAAUGAAAAAUAAAAACAAAAAUGAGUUUGAUGAAAAAUUCAAAUAUAAAGAUGGAUUCGAUCCCGAUUUCAAUAAUAAAGCAUUAUCAAUGGGUGUUGUUGAAAUUAAUGACGAAAAGUUUAAGUUAGAUUCAAAUAAUUAUGCAAUACAAUUAUUGAAAAAUCGAAAGAAAUUAAAUGAGAAAUAUGACAUAAACCCUGAUUUAGAUCAAGAAAAUAAUACUAAUGAUGAUACUAAUACAUCUACUAAUAAACCUAUUAAGAAUCCUAUAAAGAAUUCUAUUAGCAAACCUAUUAGUACUAAUGAUAACAAAAGAACUAAACGUGAAAUACAACCUAAUAAAGUAGUUCACCCGCAAAUUAUUUCUUCUAUUCUACAAGAUUUGAAAUCUGGGAUAUCAAAAGAAAUGAUUAACAGAACAUAUAAUUUAGACAGAGAAUUUUUAAAUCAAUUGGGCGAUUUUUAUACUGUUGCUACCAAGACAUAUGAUGAUGAAAUUAAAGAAAAUAAAGAAAAAAGAAGGCAAUUGAUUCGAAUGAAAAAACAAUUGAUGAUCUCAAAUGAUAAUCCGACCUCAGAGAUGAAUACCGAAAAAAAUAAAGAAAAUAUUAGAAAUAUCGAUCAUCUUUUAAAUAAUCAAUACAAUAGUGAAAAAUUCAAAUCAAGUGAUGAGACAAAAGAUGAUGACGACGAUGAUGAUGAUGACUUGUUCAAUCCAGAUGAGGAUGAUGAUGACGAUAAAAUAGUGAUUACUACUAAUCGCUGAUCGCUAAUGGCUAAUGUCUGAUUGGUGAUCUUUUUUUGAAACUUGUAAAUACUUGCCAUGCUGUAUUGUACAUAUCCCCUCCUAUUGUGAUUUGAGCAUGAACAGAUCUAAAAAUCAUCACUCAAAAAGAUAAUUGUUCUAACAGCAUAUUUCUUGAUGUAAAAGCAACAUAAACCCUUAUUUCUAAGUCUUAUUCUCUUUCCGUGUAGUAUUUUGCGACAAAAUCUUUCUAUUUCAUUCUUUCCAAUAAAAAAGCUGUUUCAAUACUUUAAAUUAUCAAAUCUCCCAAUUUUUUAAUAUAUUGCCACUCAAUUGAAGUCCAUUUAAGCUUCUUGAUCUGUUUUCUAGCCACA